AUGACGAAAAGAAAACCUGUUUCUGGAGACGAAGGCUCUUUUAUAGAGUCGGAAACAGGCUUCUUAUGCUCUAGUGAACCCGAAGAUUCUGAUUCUGAAUGCGAGGAACUCGAAGACUUUGAAACUAGCCCCGUUAGAAAAUCUUUAAACGCAAAAAAAGACAUCAAUUCUGAAGUCAAACUUAUCAAUGGCGAAUUGGUAAAUAAUACCAAAAAACCAUACAAAUGUUCUUUUGAAGGCUGUGAUGCUGCUUAUUCGAAGCCCAUUCGGCUAGAAUAUCAUCGAAUGGUUCAUACAGGAGAGCGACCAUAUGAAUGUCCAGAACCGGGUUGUGGUAAAACUUAUCGUCGACCACAUAAUUUAAAAGUACACGCUAUAAAGCAUGGUCAGGAUCCGAGACCCAUAAAAUGUCCUUUCGAUGGAUGCGAUAAAGCUUAUCAAUAUCAGCAUAGUCUUGAUAGACAUACCAAAACUCACGAGUACGGGAAACCUUUCAAGUGUACAUUCGAAGAAUGCUCUGAAGCUUUCACGAAGCAAAAUCAACUUCGAGAACACAUAACAUUGCAUACCGGACAAAAGCCAUUUCUAUGUGAGCAUUCUGGCUGCACUAAAAGUUAUAAUAGGAAGCAACAUCUUAUUGUACAUCAAAGAUCCUCCCACAGCGUUGUCCCUCGUUAUCGGUGUGCAUAUGAAAAUUGUGAACUCGAAUUUAUCAAGUUUCCAGAACUUCAAACACAUCUUCGAAACGAUCAUGAACCAAUAAAAACCUGCAGUAUCUGCUCAAAGAAUUUCACGCAGACAAGUGGUUUACGUAACCAUAUGCGCGUCCACGAUCCAAAUCGACUUUUACUCCCUUGUGAAUGGGAGGGGUGUGACGGAUAUUUUCACAGUAAGAAAAACUUGAAUGAACAUGUUAAACGCAGGCAUUUACAUAUCCAACGAUUUGAAUGUGAUUGGUUAGAAUGUGAGCAGAAAUUCACGAGCAAGCAAGAACUGCAAAAGCACAAAAAAGCGAGACAUGAGCAACCCGAAAAGAAGAGACGUAAAAUCAACGAUUCCAUCAAAGAAGCAUCUGUCAUAGAAUUGUUCACUGGUGGUAAUUACGAUAAUUCCGGAAGAAAGAUACGUUGCAUGGUUGAAGGAUGCUUAUUUAUGUUUAAACGAAAUUAUGAUUUACAAAGACACCUUAGGUCUAAACAUUCAGAUCAAACUUUUGAAUAA